AUGGCUAAGAAGAAGAAGAAUGUUCCAGUUCAAGAACUACCGACCAAUGAUAAUAAUAAAGGAAAGAAAGGUAGUGGCGGGAAGAAUAAGCGUGAACCAUUAAGCGAGGAGGAGAAGGCAAAGCGAUUACAGUCACGUGCUAAUGUGACUAGCUCGGUUAGUUGGACAGGGAAACUGCCUCACAGUGUGUUACAUGAAUAUUGUCAGAAACAGAAAUGGAAUAAAGUUGAGUAUGAUAUGAAGAAGAUUGGGGAUAAAGGGCUGGUGUCUACAGCGUUGAUAUCUUGUACUGAUCCCAAGACUAAAGAAACUUUGGUUUUGCGGAUGAGUUUGGAAAAAAAGGAAAUUGUUCCUCCACAAAGCACACCCGCUGAGGCCCGUCAUUAUGCGGCUACAGUGGCCUUGCAUAGAAUUGCAUUCAACAGCAAGCUAUAUCUAAUGCUUCCACCAAACCAUAAGAAUCUAUGGUAUGACCUUGAAGAUUUCAGAAAGGCGUUAUUGAAAGAAAACCCGGGAAAAUGUGCUCGGUUAUUUGAUGAGGAUCCGUUCGAAACAAUGGUACGAUUAAGAAAGGAGAAGGAGCAACAGGAGAAGAAGAAAGCUUCUCAGCAGGAGCAAGAUGGCAAGAACAAGAAGACACCAGUAUUCAUCACAAGUAUCAACUCAAAGACGAAAUCAUCUGAAGGCAAUAAGAAAAUACAGCAAAAUGUCACUUAUAGUAAGAUCAAAAAUGUUGAGAGACCCGCAGUGACAUUCCCUAAGAAAGUAUGGGAUAGCGCACCUUUCUUUGAUUUUGAUGAAUCCUCCAGGAGACUGAUAGAAAAUUCAUUAAGAAAGCAUAUUGACUGGGAUAGCAAGUUAUAUACUGGAGGGAUGACAGAUGAACGCGAACUUUUGAAGUCAAAAUUGUUGAAUCUUGGAUUUAGGUCAGUUCAUGUGGAAGAGGCAAUGACAUUCAAGGAUCCAUUGUCUUUUUUGAUCUGUAAUCUCCCUGAAGAUGAUUUACCGCACUUUUUCCAGAGGCGGAAAGAAGAGUCCUUAAACAAGAUAGAAAUUGCAAACCUUCCUCUAAACAAGAGGAACAUGAUAGAUAGCUUGUGUGAACUAGGAAAUUCUAAAGAAGAAACUCAACUCGCUUUGGAAGAGUGUGAUUAUAAUGAAGCAGAGGCCUGCCUAAAGCUUCUACUUGAUAUAUACCCUAUCAAUGUGCCACAAAUUACCAUAAAUGAGGAUGAAGUGAAUGAGACAUGGAAUCAAGAACUAGAAGCGUUAAAAAGCAUUUAUGAGUCUAACUUCGAACAACUCAACGCUAGUUCUUACAAGAUCAAUCUCAACGAUGAGUUCAAAAUCAAACUGAAGGUCUACAAGACAAAGUCCUACCCACAAACUCUUCCUGGUAUUGUCGUGUCCACAUUCGACAAAUCAUACAAGCUUCCAAAUUACAUAAAGCUAACAAUUCUAGAAAAGCUUUUACAUUUUCUUGAAGAGUCUCAACUAAUUGGUGACAUGUGCGUUUACCAUAUUGUCGAUUGGCUCCAGCAAAAUUUAUCUGAGAUUAUCGAAAAUCCUGGUCCGUUACUAACAAAAGAACGCAUUGAAAUCACUUCUAAUAAUUUGAUCAAAAGCACUAAUAAAAAAAGAAGAUUCAAUGCCAGAACCUCUAAAUUGUCGAAUCAAGAGGUUUCAGAGUUGGAAGAUGAAUAUAGAAAGAGGCAGAAAAGUAAUGAAUUCCAUACUAUGAGGGAACAGCGCUCAAAGCUACCGGCUUGGAAAAUACAGAAUUCUAUCGUAGAGCUUAUAAAUUCUAAUGAUGUUGUUCUUAUUACAGGUGAAACUGGUUCGGGUAAAUCAACACAGGUCGUUCAAUUUGUCCUUGAUAAUUUAAUGCAACAUGGCGAUUUGAACAAGACGUCCAUAAUCUGCACACAGCCAAGAAGGAUAUCUGCAAUUGGUCUAGCGGAGCGUGUAUCACAGGAACGGUGUGUCAAAUGUGGUGAUGAAGUAGGGUAUAUUAUUAGAGGUGUUAAUCUGACAAAAAGUGCUACCAGAAUUAAAUUCAUGACAACUGGUGUUCUUGUUCGUAUUCUACAAGGAGAUGUCACUUUCUUGAAUGACUGCGUGGUUGUUAUCGAUGAAGUUCACGAAAGGUCCAUAGAUACAGAUUUAAUAAUUAUCCUAUUGAAGAAUUUAUUGAAGAAAGUCAAAGGAAUGAAAUUAAUUCUUAUGAGUGCCACUGUAAAUGUUGAUGUUUUCAAGGCGUUCUUCAAAAAUUUAAAAUCAAUUCACAUUGAAGGACGUACUUUCCCGAUUCAAGAUUAUUUCUUAGAUGAUGUACUAAAAGAGACAAACUUCAAGAUUCGCAGAGAGCAAAUGAACUAUAGUGCAGAGACUAACGAAGAGGACAUGUAUUUAACACCUACUGCAAAUUCGAAGUUUUUCACCUCUGGCCAAAUCAACUACGAUCUAAUUGCUGAAACCGUAUUUCACGUACAUAACAAGCUUUUACGCGAAAGUAACGAUGGAUCUUUGAUUGUUUUUCUUCCUGGUGUUGGAGAAGUGAACCGCUGCUGCAAAACUUUGAGCAAAGCUGAUUCUGACUCCUUGUUCGAGAUUUUACCAUUGCAUUCCGCUUUAACUCCUGAUGAUCAAAAGAGAGUCUUCAAAAAAUUCAAAUCCAGAAGAAAGAUAAUAAUUUCAACUAACAUUGCUGAAACUUCCAUCACUGUUGAUGACUGUGUUGCUACCAUUGACACCGGUCGUGUUAAAACAUUAAAUUACGAUCCUUCCAGUAAUACCUCCAAGUUGGUAGAAUCUUUUGUUUCUAAAGCUGAAGCUAAACAAAGAAGAGGUCGUGCGGGUAGAGUUAGAAGCGGAUAUUCUUAUAAAUUAUAUUCGAAGAAGGUUUAUGAGUCGAUGGCUGAGUUACCUGUGCCUGAAAUCAAAAGGGUGACUUUAGAAUCUUUGUAUUUAUCAGUAAGAUCCAUGGGCAUAAAAAACGUUACUAAGUUUUUACAGCAAGGCCUAGACCCGCCGCCUUUAUCCUCGUUGGAAAAAGCAGAGCAAAUAUUAACUACGACAGGACUAAUUGAUGAAACAGACAACACGUUAACACAGCUAGGUAAGUUUGUGAGCUUGCUACCUGUCAUGGAUAGCAAACAUGGUAAACUAUUGAUUUUUUCUAUCCUGUUUGGUUGCACCGACAUAGGUGUGUUAAUUGCCUCACUAUUAAGCGUUGGAACCUCUAUAUUUAUCAAUGAGUAUGAAAAUAGAGUCGCAAUCAGGGAAAUACUUGUUGAGAAUGAAAAUCUAGGUGAUGUUUUAGCAGUCGUUCUCUUGCUUAAUAAAUAUAUCAACCUUGAAGGCGCCAGUAAACGUAAAUUUUUGAAAGAUCAUCUUUUAUCUUACAAUAAGGUUACUGAAAUUAUGUCUUCAAGGACACAGUUUUACUCCAACUUGAAGGAUAUAGGUUUUUUACCAUUCGAUUAUAAGCCUGGUAAUACCUCAUCUGAAUUCCUUAACCGCAAUGCCGGCAAUUUCGAAAUAUUGAAGUGCGUCAUCUCUGGUUCAUUUUACCCAAGUAUUGCUAGAGUACAAUUACCAGAAAUUAAAUUCGUUGCAACUGGUGUUGGUGCAGUUGAGAAAGACCAAGAUGCUAAACUAACAAAAUACUGGAUUAGAAACGAAGAAUUUAUUGAUCAACUAUAUCAAAAGCAGGGGGGCCAAGAAACCAACUUACUUCCAGCAAGUAGGGCAUUUGUACACCCAUCAUCUUUGUUGUUUUCAGCAAGUAAUUCUGUACCGGCAGAAGCACAAAGCAUUGAAUCAAUUGAUGACAUUUCGUCCAAGAAGAAGAGCAAAUCCAAAAAUUCUUUAAAGGCUCCAUUCGUGGUAUAUAAUGGCAAAAGAGAUACAGGAAAGUUGUAUCUCACUGGUAUAACUCCUACUUCUGCAAUUGCUGUCUUACUUUUCGGUGGGUCUUUAUCAUACAAUCUUAACAGUUCUCUUAACUCACCAAAUGUUGUUGUAGAUAAUUGGUCUCCGAUUCGUAUCUGGUGCAAAAAUGGUGUUCUAAUCAAAGAAUUAAGGUCACUUGUAGAUGAAGUCAUUAAAGAAAAACUUGAGAACCCACAUUACGUCAAGGCGGACUAUUCUACCAAGGGCGAUGACGUUCUCAAAAUUGUGGAGCAGAUUGUCAAGUCGAAAUAG